CAGAGACAACCAAUUCUUCACAACACCAAGUAGUAAAGCAAUCCAAAUCUUGACUCUCAGCAUUUAACUUAGUAUCCUCAACCCACUUCAGUUUAGAUUUUCGAAGACUAUAAAUGGCUUUGGUAAGAGGUUUCUUGGGUGCAAAAAAGAUCAUGAGCCGCUCUGUAACAGCUACAACACCAAAAGGUUUUCUUGCGGUGUAUGUUGGCGAGGACCAGGUCCAUAAGAAGAGAUAUAUGGUUCCUGUCUCAUAUUUGAACCAGCCUUCCUUUCAAGCUCUGCUCAGUAAAUCUGAAGAAGAGUUUGGGUUUGAUCAUCCUAUGGGUGGCUUAACGAUCCCUUGUCCUGAAGAUACUUUCAUCAUUGUGACUUCUAGCCUAAAGCGAAGAUGACCAAAGAAGAGAGAUCUAACAUUUGUAGCUCGAGUUAGAGAUGGAAUCAUUCAAUGUAAAUAGGUUAACCUUUUCUUCGUUCAUUAUGAGAAAAGAGUUGUUAAAGAGGUCACAAGG